UGUAAGUGAGCUCGAGCUCGGCUCGUGUCCAUUGCGUUGUUUUGGGGUUUAUCAAUCAUUCCAUUACUCUCUCGGUUACCUCACGAAAAAAGUUAUUUACGAGAAAAUGACGAAGUGUUACCCAACUGUGAGCGAGGAAUACCAGAAGGCAGUUGAAAAGGCUAAGAGGAAGCUCAGAGGUCUCAUCGCUGAGAAGAACUGUGCUCCUCUGAUGCUCCGUCUGGCAUGGCACUCAGCUGGAACUUUCGAUGUUAAGACCAAGACCGGGGGUCCAUUCGGAACCAUGAAGCAGCUUGCUGAGCUCGCACACGGUGCUAACAACGGCCUCGAUAUCGCCGUUAGACUUCUCGAGCCGAUCAAGGAGCAGUUCCCUAUCCUUUCCUAUGCUGACUUCUAUCAGCUUGCUGGCGUUGUCGCCGUUGAGAUUACUGGUGGUCCUGAAAUUCCCUUCCAUCCCGGAAGAGAGGACAAGCCUCACCCACCACCUGAGGGCCGUCUUCCUGAUGCUACCAAGGGAGCUGAUCACUUGAGACAGGUUUGGUGCUCAAUGGGUCUCAGCGACCAGGAUAUUGUUGCUCUUUCUGGUGGUCACACCCUGGGAAGGUGCCACAAGGAGAGGUCUGGAUUUGAGGGACCUUGGACUACCAACCCUCUCAUCUUUGACAACUCUUACUUCAAGGAGCUCUUGUCAGGAGAGAAGGAAGGCCUUCUGCAGCUGCCAAAUGACAAAGUUCUCUUGUCUGAUCCUUCUUUCCGUCCAUUGGUUGAUAAAUAUGCCGCCGAUGAGGAUGCCUUCUUUACUGAGUAUGCUGAAGCUCACCUGAAGCUCUCUGAGCUUGGAUUUGCUGAUGCAUAAGCUUGUGGUUGCGGAAUAGGAAGAAGCCAACAACAUUUGCCUCCACAGAAUGUAUUGGGUUUUGUGAUCUGAAAGAAGUUAGUGAAUAGGCAGUUGUUGCUUGAAAAAAUAUGGGUAUUUGCAGUUUUAUUUUGUUGAACGACGUUAGUGGAGAUUUCUGGUCGAA